CUUCACACCCACAAGGAAUCAGCUGCCUGGAAUGCCGACACACGAAGCACCGUCGACGUUGAGGCAGCCGCUGGCGAAGAAACAGCGUUUCAUUAUCCGCCAUGAAAAGCCCAAAAUGACGACCAAGCAUUUCAUGUCCCUGCAACAUCCGCUCGGUAUCAAACCCCUCGGCAACUACUACAUGGAUGCCACCCGGUCAGAUUUCUCCGGAUCUUGUCGAGGCCCUUCUCUCGGCCGACUCUCUCGAUUUACAGAUGAGAUCAUUAUGGAAGUUUUGAACCUCAUGUCUCCCCAGGAUCUCUUGACCCUGGGCGCCACCUCACGAGUCCUCUAUGGUCUGACACAUCUAGACGAUAUGUGGAAGACAUUGACAAUCGAUCGAUUCGGAGGCGAUUGGGAAUGGCAGGAUGAUAGCUGGAGAGCUACGUUUCUGAAGCGAUCGGACCUACAGUAUGACACAUCGCGCAUCCUUCAGAACAGGGAGGCGAUGAAGUUAAAGACGUUUUAUUCGGACGUGCUGUUCCAGCCGUUUUAUUGUGCCGCCAUCGGGAUGGAACCUUAUACGGCUGUUGAGAAUAUCGAUCGUCGAUCUGGAUUGACGUUGGAGCAAUUCAUCCAGGAGUAUGAACAUCCAGGGAGACCAGUGAUCAUCACGGAUGGGGCACAGCAUUGGCCUGCCAGGACGAAAUGGUCGACAGAAUAUUUUUUGAAUAGGUGGCCGGAUUCGGUUUUGAGAGCAGAGUCCGUAGAUAUGACCAUGAGGAACUACUUCAAGUAUGCACAAGGAACCAAGGAUGAGAGUCCACUCUAUCUGUUUGACAAAAUGUUUGGCGAGCGGUGCGAAAGCAUUUUGGACGACAUGGAGGUGCCUGUGUACUUUCGGGAGGACUUUUUUGGAAUGAUGGGAGAGAAACGGCCGGAUUAUCGAUGGCUUAUUGUCGGACCUGCACGAUCUGGAUCGACUUUUCACAAGGACCCCAAUGCGACGUCUGCAUGGAACGCUGUCAUCACUGGGUCUAAGAAAUGGAUCAUGUUCCCGCCUCAUAUCCUGCCUCCUGGCGUUUUUACUAACGAAGACGAGUCCGAGGUCACAUCGCCAGUAUCCCUCAUGGAAUGGUUCAGCAACUUUUACGCCUCAACUCAACUGCCGGAUGAUGCAGCAGAUCGACCUUUGGAAGGGAUCUGUCGCGAGGGCGAGAUCAUGUUCGUCCCGAGAGGGUGGUGGCAUGCUGUCGUGAAUCUUGAAGAUUGCAUUGCCGUCACUCAGAACUAUGUCGGAUCCCAAAACUUGAAGGAGACCAUGCAGUUCUUGUAUUUCAAGCGCGAUCAGGUCUCAGGCGUUGCGGAUGAGCGCAGGGAAGGAUUGUAUGAGGAAUUCAAGGAGGCCUUUUUCAAGAGCAAUUGGAUUCCUGAUGGCCCUGCAGAGGAGGACGAGGAUAAGGACAAGGGCGCGAAACAGGAUUUAGAGCUACAGCUGAGCGAUGAAGAAACCAAAAGACGGCAACGAUUGUUAGACAUGUGGAUCAAGCAUGAGCAAGAGAUCGAACAGUUGUCCAAGACCAUCAAGAGGUGUAAAGGAGGUCAGGAGCACACAGAUAACACACAAGAGCAGCUGUCGUUCUGGGAGCAGGCGAAGCUGGGGAGCGGUCUUUAUAACGUUGGAACAGAUAACGAGAGUGCCGAACAGACCAGGGCUGGUUUCUCGUUCGGCUUUGAUUUUGGGGAUGACGAUCAGGACGAAUAUAAUGAAGAAGGCGGCAACGAUGUAGAGCAGCAGGCGAAGGAGGACACCGCAGCGGAUACGGAAGCCGCGUAGAUCUGAUCCGCGCCAAAUCUCAAAUACCCCUCUCCUUCAAUUUCAAAUAAAGUCGCGUCUACGUGGAGUCGAACGCAUGGACGCACACAUGUGUCAUUAUUCCAAGUUGAACACGC